AUGAGCUCCAAGAUCAUGGAGGAAGAUGAUCUCGUCGAGUAUAUCAACCGCUCGCUGGACGAAGAAGAGGAAUUCCACUUCCUGCGCUUUGAAUUCCUGCAAAGACUCAAUAUUGUGAAGCUGCAGCUAGAUUUGGUCCGGUUAAAAGGCCGAUUUCAGCGAGACAAACGUGCGUCGAUUCAGGAUCUGGAGACUCUCGAGAGCACGCUGCAGAAAUAUGCCGCUGCAAUUCGGAACUACCAGUUCCUCAAGGGCAAAGCAGCCCUUGAGAAGGCCGAGACACGAAGACGAAAGUUGCUCUUGCAACGCUACUUCCAAUCUAGAGUCAACGACCAGUUCCACUCCCACUACUGCUCUUUUCACGACGCAGAGCAAAGAGUAGAUCCUUUGCGGAGGGCCUUGAUGCAGUAUAUGCCUUCAUUUCUUGCGUUCUCUGGCGAAGAGAAGAUGUCCCGGGCAAGAGAAUAUAGUGAGGGAAAAGCACCGCGAGAAGUGUCGGUGUUUGUGGAUCGAUUGACGCGGUUCCUCGUCGCUAUGACUGGGGGUCUCUUCCUAGUGGUACCUAUGAUCAUCAUGACUCUGCACCAGUCAAAGACUAAGAGCCUGAUUACAGUUUCGGUUUGUAUUAUUUUGUUUGCACUAAUUAUGGCUCUUGGAGCGCGUGUGUCGAAUGUGGAGACAUUGGUGUCUACGGCAACAUAUGCUGCGGUCUUGAUGGUAUUCCUUGGGGUGAACAAUUGA